AUGGGGCUGUUAUUAGUGGUAGGUUUACUUUCAUGCGUAACCGGUACAUUCGCCGAUAGUGCGCAGGUUCAACAAUGGCGAUCGAUGCAGGUGCGCCGAAACGUCUCAACGUCCGAGCCACGAAUGUCGGGUCGGAUUAUCGGUGGGUUCGAGGUAAACAUUAGCGCCGCUCCGUUUCAACUGUCGCUGCGGCGUAAUGGAUAUCAUAUCUGCGGCGCGUCGGUUGUGGACACGGUCUUUGCCAUUACGGCGGCCCACUGUGUGGCAUUCAACGAAUCUCCCGAGUUUUUCACAUUGAAGGGAGGCACCAAUAAUCGGACAGACACCCUAGAGGGAGUAACGUUUCUGGUCAGCGAAAUUAUUGUACACCCAUCGUUCAAUCCAAGCACCUACCAUAACGAUGUCGCUUUGUUACGAAUCGAAGGAACAUUCAGUGAUAUUGAAUAUGUGAGUCCGAUUCCAUUUCAAACUACGCCGAUUUUUACGUCCAGCUACCAGACGGUCUACUGCUCGGUAUCGGGCUGGGGUAUUUCCAACCUGUAUAGCAGUAAUCUGCCGCAGAUCUUGCGCAUGGUACGCAUUCCGCUCGUAUCGUACACGGAAUGUCGUCGCAAGUGGAGUCCAUCAAUUGUGACGCAAUCGAUGGUUUGUGCUGGAGAACCACGACGAGACGCAUGCAACGGUGACAGCGGUGGCCCGUUGGUGUGUAACAAUAAGCUUUACGGCAUCGUGUCUUGGGGCGCUACCCAAUGUGGAAGCUCUUUCCCGGGAGUGUACACAGCGAUUGCAGCGAGAGAUGUAGCCAACUUUUUAAACCAGUACCUGCCCGUACCGAGUGAAGAACCGUUGGCUUAA